AGCAGGCAGAAAUGCACAAAUUGGUUUCAAAAUCUAAAUAUAAAUACAUAUAAGUUUGCUUUAGUAACGUAAAUUUCAGAGUACGAGCCUGCCCAUCUACAAGCAGCGAGAGAGCAUCCUCAACGUUCUGCAGCGUGAUCAGGUUUUGAUCAUUAAAGGAGCCACUGGCUCUGGCAAGUCCACCCAACUUCCUCAGUACAUCCUUGAGUGGGCCGCAGAGCAUCGAUCUCCAGUCAGGAUCGUGGUAAGUCAGCCUCGACGCUUAGCAGCUAUCAGUGUCUCGGAGCGCAUUUCCAAGGAGCGCGGAGAGGCGCCUGGCACCACAGUGGGCUAUCAGAUUCGCAUGAAUAGACAAUGCAGCAGCAACACGGUUCUAAUGCUGACCACCAGUGGUUGCCUUUUGAGGGCUCUCGCCAUGGAUAAGGAGUCUUUCUUCAAAAACACCACUCACUUAAUCAUUGAUGAAGCCCACGAGCGUGAUUUGGACACAGACUUUCUGCUGCUGGCCACCAAGCUGGAGCUGCAAAAGAAUCCGCACCUCCGCGUCGUGCUUAUGUCAGCCACCAUGGAUCUUGAAGCAUUGUCCAACUAUUUUGGUGGGGGCACCGUGAUGGAUGUAGAGGGGCGCAACUUCGGGGUGGCGAUCUAUCAUCUAGAAGACAUUCUUAGUAAUACUGGAUACAUGCACCCGAGAAUGGAGCAGUUUUUGGGCAAGCCGACAGGCGAAGAAACUCCUAGCGAACUGCUAGCCGCCUAUUAUGGAGGUCGUACAAUCAUAGAUCCGGAUAUCGACAAUGACUUGAUAGUUUCGCUAUUGGAAUUAUUACUGCGCCAAGGUGACGCUGGAGCGGUGAUUGUGUACCUGCCAGGCUAUAGCGAUAUGACCUCGCUACUGGCCCGCUUGGAAUCGUCUCUACCGCAGGACCAGAUUACUAUCAUACUGCUUCAUAGCCAGGUGGACAACGACGAGCAUCGCAAGGUCUUCCGCUUUUUCCCUGGCGUGCGUUUAAAGAUUAUUCUUAGUACCAACAUAGGACAAACUUCGAUCACCAUUCCGGAUCUACUUUAUGUCAUCGACACGGGCCGCGCCAAGAUGAAGACCUAUGACAUGACCAUAGAUGCAUCGCGGUUAACCAUUACGUGGAUCUCGCAGGCGGACGCCAAACAGCGUGCGGGAAGAGCUGGACGCGUGUGCCAUGGCAAUUGCUAUCGGCUGUAUGACAACGACCGCCUGGCCAAAAUGGAUCUGUACACCGUCCCAGAGAUCAUGAGGCGUACCUUGGACGAGAUAUGUCUGCUGACCAAGUUGGCAGCUCCAGACAAGAAAAUAGAAAAUUUUCUAGAUCUGGCUUUGGAUACCCCACCAAAGGAUGCCGUAAUACAGUCCUGUUCUAGACUGAAGCUAUUGGGCGUGCUCGACGAACGGGACGAGGAGGAGCCACAGAAACCUGCUGCCAAGGCGAAAUAAAUAUACUUUUUUUUCACUUAGUCCUAAUUAGUUUAGCUACUUGGUAGAGCAGGAUAAAGUGAACCUGGAGCACCGAUUCCAGGCUAAACGAAGCUUGUUAAGCGGAUGGGCACAGGAGGAAGGUAUCCUGCCCACAUAGCGUUUUCGUGGAGUUGUAACUUUCCGAGAGUCAUCGCAAAUCUGUUGAAGAGCAGCCCACCAGGCUAAAUAAACCAAUUUUUUUCAAGAA